AGGCAUGAGGCUGGCAACCCUGGCGGAACGAAGUCAUUUUCAUUUCACAAAUCGUAAAAGAGGUUAUUAGCUUUUUUUACUGAGAUAAACAGUUAAUUUUAAAAUAUUUCAGUUUUUUUGCUGCGGUUUGGUUACCGGUCUAUUAGUUCCCGUCGUCGAGACUUUUCGCAGUGAAACCAAAGUGCCCAACCAAUUCAGCCUUACUUAUCUGCAUUUUAAAUGACAGCUGUAUGACUAAUAGGCGGUACCCUCCGAUGAAGACAGACACCCAGGGACUCCGUUCUGGCAGAAUGCUGUUGUGAUAACGCAAGACGAAGAUGUCGAAAAACAACCUGAAUGGUUCUAGAAGCGUCUCCUCAAACAGUUUUAACAGUUUCAUGUCAGAUGGGGAGAUUAUCGAGGCAGGGCUCGAGGACCUCAGCCUCACCAACAACAAAAACCACAACAGGCCCUCCUCUACCUCCAAAACGCAGAAAGCUAAAAGGAUCAGAUUUUACCACAAUGGCAAUAAGUUCUUUAACGGAAUUGUGAUACCAGUGGCCCCAGAGAGGUACAGGUCUUUUGAUAGCCUCACUGCAGAGUUAACAAACAUCAUGACAAAAAAUGUAACCCUUCCUAGUGGAGUAAGAAACGUAUAUUCAAUGGAUGGCAAAAAGGAACGACUGGAACUCAGAGGGGGAAUAGAGUAAGAUGAAAACAUACACAGUGAACACGCCUUGUUAAACAAUCUAGUUUGAAAAUAAAGUGUAUAGAUAGAUUAAACAUUGG